AUGACAGACUCGAAAGACGACCCUAACCGAUUGAGUGCGUCCAGCCAUCUGGAGAACAUGCCCGCCGAUGAGCGCGGGCCCUCCGUUGGCGAUUUGAAACCAGUCAUCGACGAUGAAGACGUGAAUAAUCCACAGAAUUGGCCCCUAUCGGCCAAAUUAACCACCUAUCUGACAAUCUGCUCGUUCACUUUCUUGGCCAAUGUGAACUCCAGUAAUUUUACGGUCGCCACCUCAGCUAUAAUCAAGGAGUUCAAUGUCAAUCAGACCCAGGCGGGGCAGCUGGUAUGCUUUAAUGUCUUUCUCUUCGGUGUGGGCAAUAUUUUCUGGGUUCCACUCAUGCGUGUCAUUGGAAAACGCCCCGUCUACUUGGUAGCGAUGCUGUUUCUUUGCAUGAUGAAUGUAUGGUCCAGCCAAUGCACCAGCUACGGCGAGUUACUGGCAUCGCGCAUUUUGUCAGGGUUCGCGGCGGCGGCUGCUGAUGCUACAGUGCCCGCUGUCGUGGCCGACAUGGUUGCCGCCAAGGACCGAGGUCACUACAUGAUGUUUUUCCAUCUUGCGAUGACCGCUGGUCUCUUCGUAGGCCCCCUGAUCAAUGCAUACUUGGUACAGCAGCAAAAUUGGCGCUGGAUGUGUUAUUUCCUAGCGAUCGCAGUCGGUGUGCUCCUGGUGAUCGCUACCUUUACCGUCCGGGAAACGACGUACCUGAAGAAGCGCUCGGAAAGCCGGGAAAAGCGAUCACAAUUGCAGUGGAUGUCCUUGACCCUCGGUUACAACCGGGAUGCUUCAUUUCUGCAAGCCGUCUUGGAUAUUCUAGCUAACGCUGCCUACCCGCCGCUGAUCUGGUGCUCGUUGACGAUUGGAAUUGCGGUCGGGUGGAAUAUCGUGGUCCAAUUGACAUCCUCCCGCACAUUUCUCAAGCCACCUUACAACUGGCAACUUGGUGAUCUGGGCCUCCUGUCCCUAGCUGGAUUUAUUGGUAGCGUAUUCGCAUUCUACGCCGGUGGCCGACUGAUUGAUAUUAUCUCCAACCGGAGCACAAAGAAACAUGGCGGAGUCCGCAUGCCAGAGUAUCGACUCCCAGCGAUCGUGAUUCCCGGAACUAUUGGACCAGCAGGAAUCUUGAUUUUUGGACUCUGUGUCGCACACAAAACACACUGGAUUGGACCUGCUGUGGGAUAUGCUAUGCAAGCCUUUGGUGUAGCUGCUAUCUCGAAUGUCGCCGUGACCUACGCACUGGAUUCAUACAAACCCGUAACGGGUGAGGCUCUUGUCAUCAUUUUCGUCAUUCGCAACACCAUUGGCAUGCUGUUGUCCCUAUAUGCAGCGGAUUGGAUUGAGAAACAAGGAACAGCAGCUGUGUUUGGGGAGAUGACGGCCAUUCAAGUCCUGAGCGUGCUUUUUGCGAUCCCAUUAUACUUUUGGGGUCGAUCUUUGCGGGCUUUUACGUCCAGCUAUGGACCGAUGAAGCGAUUCCGGGACUCAUGA